AUGUAAGAUAUUUUCAUCUCAGCUCAGCAAUUUUUAUAGGAACUUGAUGAGUAUUCAAUUAAUAAUGUUGCUAAAGACAUUAUUGGAGUCAAAACUGAACUUUAGGAAAAUUAAAUAUAAAUGAAUAAUCUAAAAUAAACUCUCCAGGAGCUUAAAACAAAAUAGUUCCGCAUCUAGAAAGGAGAAAUAGUUAUGUAAGCCUAAUAGGUAGCAGGCAGAGAUAACUAUUAUGACAAUAGUAAUGUAAUGGCUAAUAUGGCAGUUCAAGUUUAGAAUGAGGAAAGAAAAUAAGCAGAGGGUAGGUAAAUAGUUAAUUCAAUUCAAAAUGAUCAGAAUUAAGAAGCAUAUGACUUGAUUGCUUAGAUGAGAGCAAAAAAAUAAGAUUAAUAGAUUAAUACCAACAACAAGACCUUGAACAAUCACCAAAUGAACUAAGGCCCUCCUAAUGAUUAAAAAAUUUGA